UCUCCCGAACCAAAUCUGUUUUUGUUUCACUCUCUGUUCCAGAAUGCGAGGUGGGCACUCGUUACUUUCCGGCAGCUUUUAGGGGCUAAUGCGAAUCCCAAUGAUGUUACUUUUUCGUUACUCAUCAAAGCUUGCCUUUCCUCUUCUGCUUUUGCUUCCACUCCUGUUCUACAUGUAAGACAGAUUCAAACCCAAUUGGUGAAACGGGGCAUUAACCAAUUUCUUUAUGUAAAUACCGCCCUUAUUGAUUUCUACAUGAAACUGGGAUUUACCACUCAUGCACGCCAACUGUUCGAAGAUAUGACUUUUAGAGAUGUUGUUUCAUGGAACGUAUUGAUUUGUGGAUAUUCACAAAAUGGGCUUCCUUAUGAUGCUCUUCAACUCUUUGUACACAUGCUUAGAGAGAGUUUCAGACCUAACCAAACUACAAUUGUUAGUUUGCUACCUUCUUGUGGUCUACGUGGGCUGAUUCUUCAAGGUAGAUCCAUUCAUGGGUUUGGAAUCAAAGCUGGCCUUGGUUGGGAUCCUCAAUUGAAUAAUGCCCUUACCUCAAUGUAUGCUAAAUGUGAUAAUUUGGAAGCUUCCCAACUCUUAUUUGAAGAAAUGGCUGAGAAGAAUGUUGUCUCUUGGAAUACCAUGAUUGGUGCGUAUGGACAAAAUGGUUUUUCGGACAAGGCUAUUCUUUGCUUCAAGGAGAUGCUGAAGGAAGGUUUAGAACCCAGUCCGGUGACAAUGACGAACCUAAUGUCAGCAAAUCCUGUUCCGGAAACUGUCCAUUGUUAUAUUGUCAAAUGUGGCUUCACCGAUGAUGCUUCUGUCGUUACUUCGCUAGUUUGUCUAUAUGCAAAGCAAGGGGUCACAGAUAUUGCAAAAUUGCUUUACAAAUAUUUUCCAACAAAUGACCUGAUUUCUUUAACUGCGAUAAUCUCUAGCUAUUCUGAAAAAGGUGAUAUAGAGUCUGUGGUUGAGUGUUUUAUCCAAACUCUGCAGUUAGACAUAAAACCAGAUGCAGUUGCCUUGAUUAGUGUCCUUCAUGGAAUUACUAGUCCUUCUCAUUUUGCUAUUGGCUGUGCUUUCCAUGGUUAUGGGUUGAAGAGUGGGCUCAUUACUGAUUGCUUGGUUGCAAAUGGGCUAAUAAGCAUGUAUUCUAGAUUUGAUGAGGUAGAAGCAGCUUUGUCUUUGUUUUUUGAUAUGAGCGAAAAACCACUGAUCACUUGGAAUUCUGUGAUAUCAGGCUGUGUUCAGGCUGGAAAAUCAAGUGAUGCCAUGGAGUUGUUCUGCAAAAUGAACAAGUAUGAACAAAAACCAGAUGCCAUUACUAUUGCUAGUCUACUAUCUGGAUGUUGCCAGCUUGGGAAUCUGCGGAUUGGAGAGACACUGCACGAUUAUGUCCUGAGGAACAAUGUGAAAGUGGAAGAUUUUACAGGAACUGCUCUAAUAGAUAUGUAUAUUAAGUGUGGAAGAUUAGACUAUGCUGGAAAGGUAUUUUAUAGCAUCAAUGAUCCGUGUUUGGCAACAUGGAACUCUAUCAUAUCCGGUUAUAGUUUAUAUGGACUUGAACAUAAAGCUUUCAGUUGUUAUUCAAAAUUGCAAGAACAAGGGCUAGAACCGGAUGAAAUCACCUUCUUGGGAGUUUUAGCAGCAUGCACCCAUGCGGGACUUGUCAAUGUAGGAUUGGAAUACUUCCGUAUCAUGACAGAAGAGUAUGGAUUGAUGCCAAGUUUGCAACAUUAUGCUUGCAUAGUUGGUCUCUUGGGUCGGGCAGGCUUGUUCAAAGAAGCAAUUAAAUUUAUCAACAACAUGGAGAUUCGGCCUGAUUCUGCUGUCUGGGGAGCUUUAUUAAGUGCUUGUUGCAUCCAACAAGAGGUCAAGCUUGGGGAAGGCUUGGCGAAAAAAUUAUUUUUAUUGAAUUACAAGAACGGUGGCUUUUAUGUAUUAAUGUCAAAUCUUUAUGCAAUUGUUGGGAGGUGGGAUGAUGUGGCAAGAGUAAGGGAUAUGAUGAGAGACAGUGGAGGAGAUGGAUGUUCAGGUGUUAGUGUUAUUGAAGUAACAUCCAUCUAA